ACUGUUGUGCUGAAAGGAAGAAUUAACUGGUCUUUCAACUUCAGCCUUUUUAUUGUGAGAGGGAAGAUCACACAAGUGUUACCAUGGGGAGAACCACAGCUAAAGAUUCAAAGGAAAUUAAAAAAGAGAAAGAUGGAAAGAAUCAGCAGGCAAACAACCCGUCUUUAAAAAGUGAACAGUUUAGUUGGGAUGAUUAUCUGAAAGAGACUGAAUCAAUAGCUGCCCCUCUACAUUGUUUCAAACAGUCCAGAAUUCCACCUACAAAUGAUUUCAAAGUUGGUAUGAAACUGGAAGCCCGUGAUCCUCGCAAUGUUACCUCGGUUUGCAUAGCUACAAUAAUUGGAAUCACUGGCGCCAGGCUAAGGUUGCGACUCGAUGGAAGUGACAACAAAAAUGAUUUUUGGAGGCUUGUGGACUCCUCAGACAUACAGCCCAUUGGGACCUGUGAGAAGAAGGGGGGCAUGCUGCAGCCUCCACUUGGAUUCCAGAUGAAUGCAUCUUCUUGGCCAAUGUUUCUCUUAAGAACUCUGAAUGGAGCUGAAAUGGCACCUGCGGCAUUCUUUAAGAAGGAACCACCCAAACCUGCAACAAACUGCUUUAAAGUUGGAAUGAAACUUGAAGCUAUAGAUAGAAAGAACCCAUACUUGAUUUGCCCAGCAACCAUUGGAGAUGUUAAAGGAGACGAAGUUUUUGUUACGUUUGAUGGCUGGAGAGGAGCAUUUGACUAUUGGUGCAGAUGUGAUUCUCGUGAUAUUUUCCCAGUUGGAUGGUGUAGCUUGACAGGAGAUGCAUUACAACCACCAGGGAACAAUGUUUCCAUUACAAAGAGCAGUGCAAAAAUCCAAUCUUCCCCUUCCAAAGUGACCCGGCGUUCAAUGCAGUCUCCACAGAAAUCUGCUCCAGUACCAGCGCAGCGGGGCAGGAAACCAGGUCGGGGCAAACCCCCUGGACAGUCUACAGUUCCCAAGAAGGGCAGGUCUCCUAAAAAUAUUCCCCUGAUCAAAAGCACCUCUCAUACUGAGAAUCUUAAAACAAGGAAAAAAAGUUUAAAACCUGGAAAAAAG